AUGGCAGCGAAAAAACGAAGGGGAAAUACUGAUGCUGUUACUCCAGGAGUGGAUAUGCUUGAAGAAACAACCUCAGUAUUAUUAUCUGUAGGAGAUUCUCUCCCAGAAACAAAAACAAUUUUGUCAUCGAAGCCCCACAUAUCUUGUGAAAAGAAGAACAAUAUAGAAGAAAGUUUAAAAGAAUUGAGGACAUAUGUAAAAUCAAUAACAGAAAAUAUACUUACCUAUGAUACAGAAGAUCAAGAGAAGAAUGCUAAAGUUAUGUUUGCUAUAACAACUUAUCUAAAAACUAUUUUAGAUUUUAAAGAUUAUUCUCAUUCUGUUAAUUUCCGUGCUAUUAUCAACAGUGCUGUUUAUUUUCUCAUUGAUCACCCGACGAAUACAAUAGAUGCAAAACUUAAAAAUCAUAUAGCAUUACUUAGUUUACGCUUCAUGGAACUCACUGAUUUUGAUGAAAAUGAAGUUUAUAUUGGAUCUAUAACUCUUAUUUAUUUUCUUGAUUUAACUUUAGCUAACAUUGAGGGUGAGAAAGGAGUUCGUAAAGUUGAUAUAAAACAUGUUUGGUCUAUGCAUAAAUUUUUGGAAGGUAUAAAUCUUUUAGAUCCAACUCAUAAAAAUCUUGUUGAUAAACUUAUGUUGACCGUCUCAAAUCAAAAUUAUAUAAAAUUUAAAGAAGGUCAUAAUAUCAUUGGUCACUUAAUGAGUAGAAAUGUAGCAUUUGUUAAGAAAAUUCAUGAUAUAAUUUUGAAUUUUGCACCUAAGCUGAAUAAACAAGUUGCUUCUGGCUAUGGAGAUGCUUAUUUUAUUGCUUGGACUAUGGCAAAAGAAGAUAAUAUAAGAGAGGAAAUUGAAAGUAGUAUUCAGGAUAUAAUGUUAAAAGUUAUAAAAAUAAGCCGUGGAACUCUUGAUUUACCAAAAGCUGGUGCCAGUGGAUUAUCUAUUCUUUCAGUUUUACAUCAGUCUAGAAGAUUGAAGAAAUUUAGUGAUGUCAUAAAUAGACUUUAUACUCCAAUCCUAUGGAGGGCACUCAAAAGUAAUGAUCCCUGGGAAAGAUGCAAUGCAGCUCAGGUGUUCCUAGAUGUGUUUCCAUUAGAAAUUCCCUACCUAUCAGAACCAGAUAAUGCUAAUUAUAUGGAUCGUCAAAUAAAAGAAAUACAAGACUUGCUUUUAGAUGAAUCUCAUUUUGUCCGUGUUAUUACUAUAAAGGGAGUGUGCGCUCAUUUGACAAAGAGUUUGGAAUUAUUUUCUGUCACACAUGUAAGGGCGAUAAUGAAAGUACUUUUGGAAGAUUUGGCAAAUGAUGGAUCAACUUACCUUGUACGCAAAGCUGUUUUCGAAGGUCUCGAGAUGAUGGUUAAUGGUUCACCAGGUACUGCUGAAGAACCAAAUAUGGGAUCAGCAGCUGUUUUGGAACCAUUGUUGCCAUUAAUGUAUCUCUCAAUUCAUGAUGAAAAUGAAAAAGUAAGGAAAGCAGUUGUCAAACUGCUUCUGAAAAUAAAAGAAAAAUCAGCUAACAUACGACUUCGUUAUUGGGAAGUUGUUCCUCUGAAACAUCUUGUAGUAAGAUUAGCUCAUGAAGGACCAGUCGUUGGUGAACUUAUUGUAAAAUUAAUUAUGAGUGAGUUUUAUACUAGAGGACAAGGCACUGAUAAAACAAUCAAUCGAUUAAUUCGCCUGAUGAGCUGGAACCUCACAGCCAUAAAAAAAUUAUUUCAUUAUUCGAAGGCUAUUCUUUCUGUCGAACAAGCUUUCUUGAUAAUCAUUACGAUAAUUGGUAUAAUAAGGAAGAAAUUGAGAGAACAUUUAGAUACUGAGUGUGAUGUUGAAAAUGAAAACAAAAAGGAGAGUACCACAAGGAAGAAGAAGAGAAAAGGUUCACUUGAAGAUAUUUCCAACAGAACUUUAGAAAAAGAAAAAUCAUCUGAGGGUGAAACUUCUUCAUCUUCCUCUUCUCCUCCAGAAAGAACCCCUCAUGAAAUAAAUGCUGACUUUCUGGAAAACCACAGAUUCAUUGCAGGUCUUAUCAAUGGUGCUACUGUGUUGUGGGUAUCAUUUAGAAAUGAAAUUGGCCAAAAUGAGAAAUAUCUAGACAAUUUGUAUUCAUUAGCCUGUAAUGCGGUUCCGUUGUUUCUUAAACACUAUAAGGGUACAUGUGUUUAUUAUGCUACUGUAAGCUUUGCAUCAUUGAUUCCUAUAUCCAAACUGAAGGGGGUGUCAACUGUAAGCAGUGCCUGUAUUUCUGAAUUAAAAGAGAUAACAGAUACUACUGAUGUCUCUAAAGUCCAAUGUCUCAUAUAUUCACUAUGCUCGUGGUACAGAGGACAUGAUGUCCUUGAUUUAGCAUCAGAGUGGUUAAAUUAUGCUUUUAGAGAACAAAACCUCAAUAAUUCUGCCAUGCCAGUUAAAACAGGCCAGAAACCAGCCAAGGUCCGUUUUUUACAGACCGAAGGGAAACCAAUGUUAUCGUUGAAGCUUUUAGAUGUUCUUUUCUCUGAUGUGCUCAAUGAAACAAGGAUUGUGUGCAAACAUUAUGAACAACUUUAUGACUUUUAUUUAUUUCUUGAAAGAAUUGUGGUAAUCAUUGAAAGAAAGGUCCUGGGAGGAGAAAAUUUCAAACCAGAAACCCAAUUGACUGACGAGUUUCUGUUGAAGGCCUACACCCGUUAUUUGCGUCUUAUGCAUACCCUUCACAGACCUGAACCACCUCCAGAAGUAAACGAUUCAGUUCCACCUUUCAGUUCUAUCACUACUUCUCUUCAAGCAAUCGACUGGGCAUCUAAUGUAUUAUACAAACACAUUCCGUCUGAUGGGGGAACUGGUUCACCACCUUUAGUUGCAAGUUGCUGCCUAUCCGUACUGAAAGAAGCAACAAUUGGGAUAGCUUUGGGUAAUACCGAUCAAAAUCAUUGUAAAUCUGUUGCAUUAUUUGCAUCAGACUUAUUGUCAUUUGAUUGUGUUUGGUUCAUUGAGGAAGUAAUACAUACAAUUAAAGUCCUUACAGACUAUUCACUUGAUGAAACUCCAAAUGAUGACUGGCUUUUAAUAAAAAAUAUGAUACCAUGUUUAUUAGAGAAAUCAUUAAAAGUUAUGUCUAUGUUAGAGGUUACCCCAUCAUCUGCGAAACUGCAUUUUAAAGACUUAACAGCUAUGAAGCAUGCAUUGUUUACCUUCCCGAAGACACUUAUAUCAUUGUACGGAGUCAAGCACCCACAGUUUGAUGAUGCAUUUAGAAUGUAUAUCAAUGCAUGCGUACAAAUUGUCAUGCAAGAGAUUUACAAGGAAGAUGAACUUAUCAGAUGUAAAACAUUUGAUGAACAACCAUAUUUUGUUUCCCUUAUUCUCAAAUACAUCAUAGUAGUUCCAUCCUUAAUGAAACACCUGUUGCCUGCUAUUUUGUUUUAUAUGAACUUAUAUCAUGAGGAAGGAUAUAAAUUAUUAGGCUGUUUAAGUCUCAUGUUUACUGUAGUACAUGCAUCUAAGACUAGGCUUGAUGGACUUGAGCUGGAAGUAGUCCUUCAAGAAGCAUAUAAGAUUUUAUCAAGCUAUAAGGAAAAGGAAAAAACAAAAGCUUCAGAAGGAGAGGAUAGUAACUUUUCAACUUCAAGUAUUAACAUAGAUGUCAUAAAAGUUGGGGAGACCCUUUUAGAAGAAUUGAGUAGUCAUCUACAUUGUUCAUUAAUUAAACCCCUGUCUGCAUCUGCUACACCAGUUGUGCAAAUUGGAACACCCAUCAGAUCUACACCAGUUGUGGAAAAUGUCACUCCAGUGACAACAAGAAGUGAUUCGACAUCCUCUAGAUCUUCUUCCAACUCCUUAUCUGGCAAAAGGGUAAAACCAGUUGAUCAACUCAACUCCAAAUCAGCAUCUAAAUUGAGCACAAUACCCACAUCUAAAUUGUCCACUCCGGCUUCUAAGUCAAGUACUAUGAAAAGUGAUGAUGGUGUAUUUUUAGUUCCAUUAGCACCUGUUUCAGCUUCAAAAAGUAGAUCAACUCUCUCAAAAUCAAGUUUAAUGUCUGAAAAUAAUUCUACUUCAUCUUCUAAGGCUCCUUCAACGCCUAAUUCAUCAGAUUAUAGUUUAAAUGUAGAUUCCAUUUUCACACCAUCCCCGAAGCAUAUUUUAGCUUCAAUAAAUAAUAUGAAUUCAACUCCAUCAUCCAAAUCGGUAUCAACUCCAUCAUCCAAAUCAGUUUCAACUCCAUCAUCCAAAUCGGUAUCAACUCCAUCAUCAAGGUGUACUCCUGUCCUUAAAGCUAACUCAAACAAGAACAAAAUAGAAACAAAAAAAAAUUCUGCAGGAAGCUGA